AUGAAGAGGCUCCGUGUAACGCAGAGGCAGGAGGAGCCCCCCACUGUGGGACGCCUGCUCCAGAGGCCACAUGAAAAGAAAGCAAUAGUUCAGUUUGAGGACCAGUUUGAAGACCAGUUUGAAGACCAGUUUGAAGACCAGUUUAAGGACCAGUUUGAGGACCAGUUUGAAGACCAGUUUGAAGACCAGUUUGAAGACCAGUUUGAAGACCAGUUUGAGGACCAGUUUGAGGACCAGUUUGAAGACCAGUUUGAGGACCAGUUUGAGGACCAGUUUGAAGACCAGUUUGAGGACCAGUUUGAAGACCAGUUUGAGGACCAGUUUGAGGACCAGUUUGAAGACCAGUUUGAAGACCAGUUUGAUGACCAGUUUGAAGACCAGUUUGAAGACCAGUUUGAAGACCAGUUUGAGGACCAGUUUGAAGACCAGUUUGAGGACCAGUUUGAAGACCAGUUUGAAGACCAGUUUGAUGACCAGUUUGAAGACCAGUUUGAGGACCAGUUUAAAGACCAGUUUGAAGACCAGUUUGAAGACCAGUUUGAGGACCAGUUUGAGGACCAGUUUGAAGACCAGUUUGAGGACCAGUUUGAAGACCAGUUUGAGGACCAGUUUGAGGACCAGUUUGAGGACCAGUUUGAAGACCAGUUUGAAGACCAGUUUGAGGACCAGUUUGAGGACCGUUUGAAGACCAACCAGUUUGAAGACCAGUUUGAAGACCAGUUUGAAGACCAGUUUGAGGACCAGUUUGAAGACCAGUUUGAAGACCAGUUUGAUGACCAGUUUGAGGACCAGUUUGAGGACCAGUUUGAAGACCAGUUUGAAGACCAGUUUGAAGACCAGUUUGAGGACCAGUUUGAGGACCAGUUUGAAGACCAGUUUGAGGACCAGUUUGAAGACCAGUUUGAGGACCAGUUUGAGGACCAGUUUGAGGACCAGUUUGAAGACCAGUUUGAAGACCAGUUUGAAGACCAGUUUGAGGACCAGUUUGAAGACCAGUUUGAAGACCAGUUUGAGGACCAGUUUGAAGACCAGUUUGAAGACCAGUUUGAAGACCAGUUUGAGGACCAGUUUGAGGACCAGUUUGAAGACCAGUUUGAAGACCAGUUUGAAGACCAGUUUGAAGACCAGUUUGAAGACCAGUUUGAGGACCAGUUUGAAGACCAGUUUGAGGACCAGUUUGAGGACCAGUUUGAAGACCAGUUUGAAGACCAGUUUGAGAACCAGUUUGAGGACCAGUUUGAAGACCAGUUUGAAGACCAGUUUGAAGACCAGUUUGAGGACCAGUUUGAGGACCAGUUUGAGGACCAGUUUGAGGACCAGUUUGAAGACCAGUUUGAGGACCAGUUUGAGGACCAGUUUGAAGACCAGUUUGAGGACCAGUUUGAGGACCAGUUUGAAGACCAGUUUGAGGACCAGUUUGAGGACCAGUUUGAAGACCAGUUUGAGGACCAGUUUGAGGACCAGUUUGAAGACCAGUUUGAGGACCAGUUUGAAGACCAGUUUGAGGACCAGUUUGAGGACCAGUUUGAAGACCAGUUUGAAGACCAGUUUGAUGACCAGUUUGAAGACCAGUUUGAGGACCAGUUUGAAGACCAGUUUGAAGACCAGUUUGAAGACCAGUUUGAGGACCAGUUUGAAGACCAGUUUGAGGACCAGUUUGAAGACCAGUUUGAAGACCAGUUUGAUGACCAGUUUGAAGACCAGUUUGAGGACCAGUUUGAAGACCAGUUUGAAGACCAGUUUGAAGACCAGUUUGAGGACCAGUUUGAGGACCAGUUUGAAGACCAGUUUGAGGACCAGUUUGAAGACCAGUUUGAGGACCAGUUUGAGGACCAGUUUGAGGACCAGUUUGAAGACCAGUUUGAAGACCAGUUUGAAGACCAGUUUGAGGACCAGUUUGAAGACCAGUUUGAAGACCAGUUUGAGGACCAGUUUGAAGACCAGUUUGAAGACCAGUUUGAAGACCAGUUUGAAGACCAGUUUGAGGACCAGUUUGAGGACCAGUUUGAAGACCAGUUUGAAGACCAGUUUGAAGACCAGUUUGAAGACCAGUUUGAGGACCAGUUUGUAGACCAGUUUGAGGACCAGUUUGAGGACCAGUUUGAAGACCAGUUUGAAGACCAGUUUGAGAACCAGUUUGAGGACCAGUUUGAAGACCAGUUUGAAGACCAGUUUGAAGACCAGUUUGAGGACCAGUUUGAGGACCAGUUUGAGGACCAGUUUGAAGACCAGUUUGAGGACCAGUUUGAGGACCAGUUUGAGGACCAGUUUGAAGACCAGUUUGAGGACCAGUUUGAGGACCAGUUUGAGGACCAGUUUGAAGACCAGUUUGAGGACCAGUUUGAAGACCAGUUUGAAGACCAGUUUGAAGACCAGUUUGAGGACCAGUUUGAAGACCAGUUUGAGGACCAGUUUGAGGACCAGUUUGAAGACCAGUUUGAAGACCAGUUUGAGGACCAGUUUGAGGACCAGUUUGAAGACCAGUUUGAAGACCAGUUUGAAGACCAGUUUGAAGACCAGUUUGAGGACCAGUUUGAGGACCAGUUUGAGGACCAGUUUGAGGACCAGUUUGAAGACCAGUUUGAGGACCAGUUUGAGGACCAGUUUGAGGACCAGUUUGAGGACCAUUUGAAGACCAGUUUUAAGACCAACCAGUUUGAGGACCAGUUUGAGGACCAGUUUGAGGACCAGUUUGAGGACCAGUUUGAAGACCAGUUUAAAGACCAGUUUGAGGACCAGUUUGAAGACCAGUUUGAGGACCAGUUUGAAGACCAGUUUGAGGACCAGUUUGAAGACCAGUUUGAGGACCAGUUUGAGGACCAGUGUGAGGAACAGUUUGAGGACCAGUUUGAAGACCAGUUUGAGGACCAGUUUGAGGACCAGUUUGAAGACCAGUUUGAGGACCAGUUUGAGGACCAGUUUGAGGACCAGUUUGAAGACCAGUUUGAAGACCAGUUUGAAGACCAGUUUGAAGACCAGUUCGAGGACCAGUUUGAAGACCAGUUUGAAGACCAGUUUGAAGACCAGUUUGAGGACCAGGGCCAGAAAUCUAAAAUGGGAGGCAAGCUGAGCAAAAAGAAGAAGGGAUAUAAUGUAAACGACGAGAAGUCCAAAGAGAAUGACGCCAAUGCUGAGGGCGCUGCGGCCGAGGAGAGCGAAGCCCCCAAAGAAAACAAGGAAGAGAGCGGCGUGGCUGACGCUAAAGACGUCGCUAACGACACGGCGGCUAAAGACGCCCCGGCCGCCGACGCUACCACCCCCAAAGCCGAGGAGAAGAAAGAGGAGGCUAAACCCGCAGAAAGCGCUAAAGCCGAGGAGAAACCCGCGGCUAAAGCUGAGGAAAAACUCGCCGCUAAGGAGCCCGAGGCCAAGACAGCGCCUCCUGCAGCGGCGGAGGGCAAAGACGAGGCUAAAAAGACUGAAGCCCCAGCGGCUCCAGCCCCUGCAGCUGAGCCCAAGCCCACAGACGCAGCAGCAGCAGCUAAAGAUGCUAACGCUAAGGAAGCUAGCCCCACACCAGCCGAGCCCCCCGCCAAGGAGGCCAACGCCACGGAGGCACCGAGCAAGGAUCAAACCUUCCAUCUUCACCGUCACCUCUCCCCGCAACCCUCUCCAAAAGUGUAUGAGGCCGAUUCGGACGCCAUCGCCAUGUCGCGGCACACAUGGACGGCUCUCGUGGGCGGCCUCAGCUCCGCGCUCCCGGCUCCGUGGAAUCUACAGCGGCAUUCUGGGAAGAGUUGUCCUUCUGGGGCACGGGGGCAAGUCCUCGGCAGACUCGGUAGCAGUGAAGAACCCCCAGAGCCGGACCUGCGACCCCCCUGCCCCCGGGAGCCGCCCUGA